GGCGUCCUUGCCGAGGACCUUGACUAUUUCAGGCUGUGGUGAUCGCAGCCUCCAGCACUGGCUGUUCCUUCAGCAGAAACCGGCCAAAAAGAGCCAUUUGUCCAGAGAACAGAACAGACUGUUUAGCUUCAAAUUCCACACACGAUGACUCAUGAUUCCGGAUGAUUUGAAAAUAAAGACAGACCCACAGAUGCAACUGCCAUCUCGAAGAUUUCAGUUACAAUGCAAGUAUUGGUGCUCAGCUUCUUCCUCCUCCUUUUCUUCAGCCCGAGUUUUGCUGAUGAUACAGUGGCAGAGGACAUUGGACCUCACCAGCUGGAGCGUCUGGUGGAGCUAUUGACAUAUCAUGAAUGUGUGGAGCUCAUCUCUGCCAUGUCUCGACCAGAAGAGAACAUCUUCCAACACUUGGACCGACUGUCUGCAGAAAAGAACCAGUUACUGCGGUCAAGACGACGCAGAAACAUAGACCAGAAGCCCCCCUGUCGCUCAGCACUUAAGGACUGGCUGCAGAUUCACGGCAAGGAGAUAUACUACGACAGGCUGUCUCGUGCACUGCAUCAGAUCGGCAGGACUGACAUUGCCAUAGAGGUGGGUAAGAACAUCAACCAGGACAAAACUCUUGCUAUUCAGAGAUAUGUGGAAGGCUACCAUGAACUUGUUAGCCAAAUGGCCACCCAUCUGGAGAACCAUGAACCAGAAGAUCAUGAUGAUCAUGGGGACCAUGAAAAGGUGCUGCAGUACUCUGCAAAACAGGGCAGAGGGUUCACCUGGAAAGAUGUGGACUUGGUGGUGAAAAGGCAACCAGUGCCACCUUAUCAGCACCAUCUGCUAGACAGAGCAUGGCCUCUACUUUAUGGCCUUCUGCUUGGAUUUGCCAGCGCACUGCUCAUGAGCGUGGCCAUCUUGCUUAUUAGCAUAUAUGUAUCCCAUGGCAACAGUACCAAAUCCAGGUCUGAGCAUCAAGCCUUUUGCUGUCCCCUCCUCAGAGUUGUAACAUCAUCAGAGAUACGUCACCCAGAGGACGCACGCAGACCGAGUAAUGAAUGUUCAGGACAAUAAUGAAGCCAUGUUCAUCAGUAUGAAAUUCAUUAUUAAAUGUGCCUUUGAUGGCUGAUUAUGACCCA